UCCAUGUAAAAUAUAUUUUAUUAUAGUUUUUAAUGAAAAAGUUUAAAUUUUUUCUAUAAAAACUUGUGUGUUUCUCAAUGAUUUAUAUUAUCCAAAUAUUACCAAUAAUCGCAGGUUACUCUUUAGUACACUUUUCAUGGUCCUUUCUAUUAUUUACUUAUAAAUAUCAGCAAGUGAUUGCUAUAAAAAAUGUACUACAAAACCCAACUCAUUUUCUCACUUUUAACGCAUUCCCAAAGUAUCCAAAAUUAGUUUGUAUUCAAGCAUGGGUGGUUCAUCAUACGUUGCAGUAUGUGGUGCAGCAUUGUUAUGGAUGGUCUUAGCCCAGUCAGAGGUGCAGGAGGUGUGCGACAUGAUGAAACAAGCACUCACAUCAGCAGUUUUAAGCUAUAGAAACAGACUCUAUAAAAGUGGUGAACAAGAAAAGAUGUGGAGUUCAUCUACCGAGAAGAACCCAUGUCGACGUUUCAUUCGGUGCCCUAGUUCUCUGGAUCCUUCAAAAGAUUGUGAUUUUUUGGUAUGGAUGGAUGAGGAUUUACCUUUUCAGUGGUAUAAGAAUAAAGUUGUUGAGUUGCACAAGGAAAAUAUUGAUUUGUACAAGGAUAAUAUGAUUUUGUCUAAGGAGAAUAGGGAGUUGGAGAUGGAGAACAAGGACAUGCAGAAGAAACUUAUGAAUCUUGAGUUGCUCGAAAAAAAGAAGCGUACUGAUUUGUUCAAGGUCAAGGUUAUGUUGUUAUCCAUUCUUCUAAUUUUCAUAUUCAUUUGGUUUUUAAUGGUGUAAUUAAUAAGGCAAGUUAGGCUUAUGUAAUUGAAUAUAAAUGCUAUUUUAAUAUGGUUA